CAUGUUAAUAUUUUGUUUUCAGAUGUAGUGGCAUAUGUUGAAGUGUGGUCAUCCAAUGGAACAGAAAAUUAUUCAAAGACAUUUACGAACCAACUUGUGGAUAUGGGGGCAAAGGUUUCAAAAACUUUUAACAAACAAGUGACCCACGUUAUAUUCAAAGAUGGAUACCAGAGCACUUGGGACAAAGCGCAGAAGAAAGGGAUAAAGCUUGUUUCAGUGCUCUGGGUUGAAAAAUGCAGGACUGCUGGAGUACACAUUGAUGAAUCAUUAUUCCCUGCAGCUAAUACUAAUGAGCAGUUACCAAGCCUAAUUAAAAAAAAACGUAAGUGUAUGCAGCCCAAAGAUUUUAUUCCCAAAACACCAGAAAAUGAUAAAAGGCUUCAAAGAAAAUUUGAGAAAAUGACUAAAGAGCUACAGAAGCAAAAAACAACUCUAGAUAGUGAUGUAUCUGCUCUCUUAUUUGAAUCGAAUGGUUCAUUGAUGUACAACCCCACAAUUAAAAUUGACAGUUAUCAUCACAGUGCAAUGGAGAAGAGAUUACAGGAGAUGAAGGAAAAAAGGGAAAAUCUUUCCCCUACAUCUUCCCAAAUGAUUGAGCAGUCUCAUGAUAGUCCAGUUAAAUCUCUAUGUCUACCAUCUUUGAACAUUUCACAUGACACUUCAUGUUCAGAUGAAUCGUUUGCUGGUGUUUUACACACAUCUUUUGAUGAUAUUUGUGGAAAGUCAGGAUGUAGAAAUCAAGAAAUAAAGUUCGGAGGACUUACUAAUGAAAUUAAAAGUGAUAUUUGUAUAUCCUCACCAAGUAGUAGCCGUUCAUCAGCAUCUUGUAGCUACUUCAACAGAUUAACACCUCAAAGACCCAUGAGUAAUCUUUCGAAGGAAAAAAUAAAUUGGCAAAGAAAUGUUGUAGAUGAAACAGUCACCCCUGACAAAAAGCAUACUGAAGAAAUACCUAAGGACAUAUCUGGUGAGAAAUAUAGUAUGUUUCCUAUUUUAUCUAUAACAGAAGACAACUCUUUGGUACAUUCAAGACCCAAAAGUUCCUCAGCAAAGAGAAAAAGAACAUCACCAUGCUUAUAUUCACCUUCAAGAGAAAAAUUAAAGAAAAAAAGAUACAGCAUAAAAUCUACCAUGCCAAAAUUGCAACUGUGUAAGUCAGAAAACAGGCCACAGUUCAUGACCAAAUCUGUUAUAGAGAGUUGUGAUUGUGGAGAGUCCUCAUAUGAUGAUUAUUUUUCCCCUGAUAAUCUUAAGGAAAGGAAUUUAAGGAAUCUUCUUUCUGAAUUUCAGUCAUCAUCAAGCCCUAUUCAUUUCAACUGCAGAAGAAGUCUUUCUAAGAGUGAGAGAGCAAGUGUAUUAAAAAUGUCUGAUUUUUCCUAUAUGGGUAAAAAUUCCAGAUCAGCUGACAUCACUGAUCUAACAGCAAAAAGUAGCUCCAGUCUUCAGAAACCUACAAAUUAUGAAGGAAAUACAACUUUGAGUUUCAUGUCUUCUAAGGAAACAUCUGCAGCUGAAGAAACUCUAAGGUGUUGUAAUCAAGCUGAUCCUCAGCAAAGGGAAGAGCUUUCUCCAGAAGAAAAUAACUCUUCUUAUAACAUUGAUGAAUGUGUUCAUCAAAAAGAGCAUCUAGAGAGAGGACACCAUAGUAAUUUAAGUCCUUUGAAAGGAAACACCAAUGAAAUGAAAGAAUUGAUUGACAUUAAAAGCAUGCAGAAAGAAGAAGGUACCACUUCUGAAAUACUGGACUCUUCUGAAAGUGAAACAAAAAAUGAUUAUAAGCUAAAUUUUGUAGAUAAUUAUAAUGUGGAAAAACCGACCAAUGAAAUGAGAAACUUUUCCAGAGGAUAUAGUGAAAGUGUGAAAAAUGGACAAGCAAGCCGUGAUGUUUUACAUGGCUCAUAUGAAGGCGUUAAGGAACUCAUUGAACCUCAUGAAGAAUCAAAUAAAAUAAGCAAAGUCAAAAAGCCAACAAGAACAUUAGUCAUGACAAGCAUGCCAUCUGAACAGCAGAAUGUCAUCAUUCAGGUUGUGAAUAAAUUGAAAGGCUUUUCAUUUUCAAGGGAAGUUUGUGAAACUACUACUCACGUGGUCACAGGGAAACCUCUUCGAACUCUAAAUGUCCUACUGGGAAUUGCACGUGGCUGCUGGAUUCUUUCUCAUGAAUGGGUGCUGUGGUCUUUGGAAAUGGGUCAUUGGAUUUCUGAGGAGCCAUUUGAACUUUCGAACUACUUCCCUGCAGCACCUGUCUGCCGACUGGAAUGUCAUUUAUCGGCGGGGCAAUACCAAGGAAACCUCUUUUCUGGGCAGCCAGUAAUGUUCAUCACUCCAGCCAGCAACCCCCCCAGUGCCAAGCUGUGUGAACUGGUCCACCUGUGUGGAGGCCAAAUCACCCACGUCCCACGCCAGGCUGGCAUCUUCAUUGGUCCCUACAGAGGAAAGAAGAAAGCAAUGAUCAAGUAUUUGUCAGAAAAAUGGAUCUUAGAUGUUUUCAGGAAAGAUAGCAUAAGGGCCUUUGGCAUGCUGCUAUACCUCAUGGUUUCCCCAAUGGCAAACUAA